AUGGCUUCCAGGAUUCGCGAGUACUUCUCCAACAGCUACCGGCCCGGCGAGCGCAUGCUGGUGCAGAAGAUUGACUUUUUCAUCCUCACCUUUUGCUGUCUCAGCUACUUUAUCAACUAUCUCGAUCGCUCCAACCUCACCAAUGCCUACGUCUCGGGCAUGAAGGAGGACCUUGGUUUCGUGGGCAACCAGCUCAACGAGAUCAACACCUGCUUCACCGUCGGCUACGUCAUUGGCCAGGUGCCCUCCAACGUCGCGCUGCACCACAUCAAGCCGCGCUUCUACUUCCCCACCAUGAUGCUGCUCUGGGGCGGCCUCACCAUGGUCACGGCCUCCGCGCACAAGCCGCAGGCCAUCAUGGCCAUUCGCUUCUUCCAGGGCAUCUGCGAGGCCUCCACCUUUGUCGGCACCCACUACAUCCUCGGCGCCUGGUACACGGAGCGCGAGCUCGGCAAGCGCAGCGGCAUCUUCACGUCGUCGGGCCUGGCCGGCACCCUGAUCGGCGGCUUCAUCCAGACGGGCAUCUACAAGUCGCUCAACGGCCGCCACGGCCUCGCCGGCUGGCGCUGGCUGUUUAUCAUUGACGGCCUGCUGACCGUGCCCGUCGCCCUCUACGGCAUCUUCCUGUUCCCCGACACGCCGCACAACACCACCGCGUUCUACCUGACGGACGCCGAGCGCCGGCUGGCGCGCGAGCGCGUGCCGCUCGAAGAGCAGGCGCACGAGGCGCAGCCCAAGUCGGUCAAGACGGUGCUCACGAUUGCGCGGCGCGUGCUGACGUCGUCGUACUGGUGGGGCUUUGUCGGCCUGUGGACGAUUGCCGGCGAGGUCGAGUCCUUUAGCAGCAACGGCCUGCUGUCGCUGUACAUGAAGAGCCACCCCUACGUCAAGUACACCGUGUCGCAGCUCAACAACUACCCGUCGGGCGUGCCCGCCGUCGGCAUCGCCUCGACGCUCUUCUGGGCCACGCUCACCGACAUCCUGGGCGGCAAGCGCUACCUCGUCGGCUACUGGAUCGGCCUCACGGGCAUCGCCACCUCCAUCAUGAUCCUCGUGGCCGCGCGCCACCCGCUCUCGUCGCACUCGUCGGCCGUGACGUUUGCCGCCUACUACUGGGCCGGCAGCGUCUACGCCUGCCAGGCCACCUUCUUCGCCUGGUGCAACGACGCCAUGCGCUACGAGGACGCGCUCUUCCGCGGCAUCGUGCUGGCCGGCAUGAACCUGGGCAACAACGCCGUCAACGCCUGGUGGAGCAUCAUCUUUUACGGCGCGUCGUACGCGCCCUGGUUCAACCGCGGCAUGUGGGCCAUGAUUGCCGUGUCUAUUGCCUUGAUUGCCUGGGUCACCGGCCUCAUCUGGGUCGUGGCCCGCCUCGACAAGAGGCGCCUCACCGAGGCGGCCGUGGACGAGGACGUCGACCGCACCAAGAGCCUCGACAUGAACGAGAAGGCGGCUCUGUAA